UACUCAAGCAUGCGUAGUCAAUCUGUACAACCAUACCGAUAACAAGUGCACGCUGAUUUAAAGUAAAGAAAAAACUUUUACCAGGUGGAAUACGUAAAGAGAAAAACGGCUACGCCUGAUCCGACAGUAAUGGGAUUAAUUACUGGAUAUUUAACUUACGAUACGCCGAUUUUAACUUGAAAAGGAUUAAUAUAUUUCUACCUGGCGAAAAAUUAAAACCAGGUGCGGAUUUAGGUGUAUUAAGUUAAUAUCUAUUACAGUUUUUUGUUCUAUGUUUGACCACAACUUGACCAGGGUCUGAACAGCGACAUAUACCUGGAGGGUAGACCCGUUGUACAUUGCACAUAUGGUGGAAAACAGCGCUAAUUGGAUUCACAGGUACACCUGUUUGACGUCAUUCUAGGUGAGAAUCUAUUUACGGCAUUUACAAGUAAACCAAUCUGUUCAGGCAGUUGAAGACACUUGACAUAAAUACAUGUAAUCAUUGUACAUAGUGGAAUUGCAAGCGGAACUUGGAAUUGUGUUUUUGAAUUUUCUUCGCCUAUGAUGGAUUAAAAAGAACGGAUUGACAACGGAUCAAAAAUGAAGAAUACAAUGAUUGCCGCCUACGUCCUUUUGACCUUGACCUUGAUGGGUUCUGCGCAGGCUGACUGUGUAUUUCCAUUUUACUUUAUGCAUAUUCCUUGGUACUAUAAGAUUGCAGCGAGCAAAUCAGUGAGAACAAAGGUAGUGUUCACGAAUAACGAUGUGACAUUCAUCUGGCAACAGUUGCCAAGUGAUUACAUCAUCAAAAGUGAGACAUAUGAUUGUGAAGAAAUGGCAGAAAUGAAUAAAUUUAUUUUGAAAUCAUUUGAUGAUGACGGAAUUAUGGUGUAUAAAUGUUUGGAAGUCAUCGAACGGAGUAAAUCAAUCAUGCAAUUUCGGGAGUCAAAAAGUCAGGCAACAAAAUCCCCGUCCCUAUGCAACCCGGAGAACCUCGUUUUGGAUCCGUGGCUCGUGGUGUCAUACAACAACAUAGAAUCGGACAAUUCGCCCUGUCCGUUGAACGCUGGUUACAACAUGAAAAUUGCUGACGGUAAUGGCAACGAUCAUGGCUGUAACUUUAUGGACCUACCUAUGCGGUUCGAGAGUGAUUGUUUAGCAGGUGAAGGGAUGGUUUUGAAUUUCCGUAAACACGAAUGUACUAGUUUCCUAUCAACUGAAAUUCUACAGAAAACCAUCUGUGUUACACACUGGGUCCAGGGCAGCUUUAUGUUUACCAUAGUCCGAAAACACGAGAGUGGGGAUAUUUGGUGUUUACGGUUCCCGAGUCGGAGGUUAGGGAAAAACGUCAAGGUGGAACUAUUUACUGAUAUUAUAUGUCCGGACGAUUCACCCUCCAAUCACAACAUCAAAUUCUUCACUCUUUAUCUCGAAAAAAUAGUCCAGAUGGAGUUAUGUGCGGACGAAUAUUCACAGUGCUCGCGUAAACCUUGUAUGUCAUACAUCCGUGAUCAGUGUCACAAAUCCUGCGGGAAAUGUAUGGUCGACGAACCGCUACCAAUAUGUUCAUUUCCAAGGCGAUUUCGAGGGGAAUGGUAUCUGGGAAGCUCACAAACAGAAAACAUAAACAUUUCCGAGUCUGUUAUGCAAAUUGGAUCGAUCGGUCAUUUCAAAUGUGUCGCUUUUGCAGAUUCACCACCAUCAAAAGAACGAAUAUAUACGACAAUAUCACUGUUUGAAAAUGGCUGCCGACCGCGAUACACUUGUUUGGAUUUAAAACGGAUAAGUCCGUCCGUUAUUGGGUUUUCCAUUAGUCAGAGUUUUGUGUGGCCCCUCAAUGACGACCGGCCCGGUGAAUCGAUCUGCAGCAAAGAAAGGUUUGAACCCGAUGAUGAACCCAUUGGUGAUCGAUACCGAUCGUUUCCAAAUGCAGCAAAGCCAAUACUUCCGGUUUCUCGGAGUCUUGUGCCUACACCGUGUCAUCUAAAAUCCGUGCAUAAUUACUAUGCGCAGAUUAAAAGCGGAACCGGAUGUAGAGGCAGAAUGUACCAGGAUUGUAAAAAUUCGUCACUCAUUCGCAUGGAGUUCAACAGAUGUCGUACUCAACAAGAACCGUUAAAUUUCAUGUGCGUCGCAACUUUCAAAGGAAGAUAUUGGGAGAAACUACUUAUCCUGGUAAAUCUUAACAAUCUGUACGACUCAAAGUGCCUGGCGUUUACGUCACUAAAGCCCAUGGAGGCAUUAAUGUUACAUUCGAGUCAGUGUGAUAUGUACGCCUGGUCGUACUACGACUCUUCGAUACGCUCGGCGUACAUGCAUUUCCAACUUGAACCGAAAGAUGAGACCUGCAUGGAUAUACCUUUCCCUACUACAACAGCACUUCCGGCCAUAUCCGAAGCAAACAAAAUGGUAGAUGACACAUCUCUCUCUGAUAAAAAGCUACCGAACCCUUCCCUGAUGAGGGACGGCGUUCCUACCCCAAUAUACAAUAUCCCAAGUAAAUCAGGGGAUUCUAAACCUUCUUCCAAAAAUACCGGAGGUUUAAAUAAAGGGGAGGUAAUAAGUGACUCAGAAAAUAAUGCGCCAAGAUAUUUAAUGUCGGCCUAUUCAUUGUUAGUAAGUUUAUCUGUUUCUGUAUUUGUUCUUAUUAUUAGGUAUGGAGAUGAAGGAUUUUAGAUGUGAAAGAAUAAACAUGUUAUUUUCGUUCAUACAUGUAUUAAAGUUACCGGACUCUAUCGAUCCUCAGAAUCUUGUUGGAAGAAUAAAUCAUAAGACAUGCCUUUAUACACUUCAAAAAUCAUAGAAUCAUAUUUCAGACAGUAUUUGCAAUAAGGAUU